AUGCAAGUUGUGUAUAUUGUACCUAGACAAGAUGCGCAUAUUGUACCUAGACAAGUUGUGCAUAUUGUACCUAAGCAAGUUGUGGACACUGUACCUAGGCAAGUUGUGCAUAUUGUACCUAGACAAGUUGUGUAUACUGUAUCUAGACAAGUUGUGUAUAUUGUACCUUGGCUGGUUGUGCAUAUUGUACCUAGACAAGUUGUGUAUACUGUACCUAAGAUUUGA